CUCUUUUGCCACCACAAUAACGAUGUUGUUUUUCCCUCGCCUCUUUUAUUCUUCUUCUUUCUCACCCAAUUCGCCAGAGCGCGCAGCAAACAACAAAACACACAGUGCUUAAAACCGCGAUAUCAACGGUCGUUAAAAAUUGUUAUCAAUCGCCUUUCGCUAACUAACGUCAAAAUGUGGAGCAAAUUACAGAAAUACACCGAAUCAGCGCGUUCAGUGCGAAAAACUAAAGAUUUUAAGGCAACUCCAGUGGCCCGACCGUUUAGUGGUCCCUUUAAACUGGCUACAUGCCAAACAGAGGGACCUCUAAACAUUAGACGAAGAGGACGGCACAAGGCAGACAUCGAUAAAUCAGCGGCCCAAAGCAACGCUGCAAAGUGUUUGUAAACAGCUGACGAACCCGCCAGGUGGCGCUCGCGUUCGGGCAUUGCCAGAUGGGAAAAAUCACCAAAUGCUGCCUUUAAUGGUGAACGCCAUUUUUAUUGCAAGAAAGAAAGCCACGGGUUUCAAGCAAAAACGCUAAUAUUUAACGUGUAAUCAUUGUAAAAAGACAGCGCGGCUAUGAUUUAAUCAAACAGCAAGUGUACCGAGCUGAGGGCACAGCGAUUGGCUCCAGAAACUUGCCAUUUUUGGAAGAUUAACGGAGCUGCCUUAAAAUGGAGCAGUAUAUUGUGCCGCUGGAGGAGCCCGUCUACUCCGAUCUGCAGGUAGUGCAAGUGCCCCAAGAUGAGGUGGGGUCCCUGGUCCUGCAGGAUGACCAGCAGUUGGUCUUCAACGACCAGCAGCAAGUGGUCUACCAAACGGCGGCUCCAGCGCAGUAUCAACAGCCGCAGCAGUCGGCGGCACCCACAUACCACAUAAUCGGCGGCGAUGAUCUUGCCCAUCAGCAGCAACAGCACCAGCAACAGCAGCAGCAACAACAACAGCAGCAACAACAGCCGCAGCAACAGCACCAGCAGCAGCAACAACAAGUUGUAAUGCAUCAUCAGCAGCAUCAAGUGCAGCAAGUGCAGCAGGUGCAGCAAGUGCAGCAAGUUCACUAUCAGCAGCAGCAGCAGGAGCCCCAGCAGCAACAGCAACAACUGCACAUGGAGCAACAGCAGCAGCAACAAUAUGUGCAGCAUCAACAGCAGCAACCCGCCAUCCAGCAUACGCAGCAGAUUUACUACACUUCCGAGCAAGUCCUGCAACCAAAUGCCAUCGUACAACAUAUGCAGCAGCAGAAGAAGCAGCAGCAAGUGCUGCAGCAACAACAGCAGCAACAGUAUCAGCAACACGCACCCGCCUACCAAGUGCAAGCGUCGCCCCAAGGGCAAACUCAAUUACUUCAGAGUCCCCCGCAGCAGCAUCAGCAAGCGCAGCAGCCACAAACAUUGCAGCUGCAGACGUCGCCCCCCCAACAGCAACCGCAACAGCACCAGCAGAUUGUCUACCGCAUGACCACCACCCAGCAGCAACAAAGACCAUUAGGGAUGCUCAACAAUACACACGUGAUUGUCCAGCAGCAACCGGUGUUGAUCCAGGGGCCGCAGCAUCAGGAGCUGAUUAUGCGCCAGGCCAUACAUCCGUACAACAAUCGAGUAGUUUAUGCCACUUCGCCGCAACAGCAGCAGCAGCAACAGCACGUCAUCCAGCAGCACGUACAGCAGCAGCAUCAGCAAGUCCAGCAGCAACAGCAGAUGCAACUGCAGCCCACGACUCAAACAGCCCAUUUGGUGCAGGCUCGUGUGGUGCCACAGCAGACCCAAAACGUUGUCUACCAGCAGUUGCAGGUGCAAAAGGUGCAGCCACAGCAGCAGCAGCAGCCUCCACAGCAGCAGCAGCAGCAGCCCCAGUUGGUGGCUCAGCAGCAGCCGCAGCUAGUGGCCACCACUGCUGCAGGAGGCACUCAACUGGUACGAGCCUCGUUCAGGAAAUCCGCACGAGGGGGAGCUGUUCUGGCCAGACCGGGCACACUAAUCACCACCAGACCAACACUCACGCCCGCAACGAUUGUACGACAAGUACGGCCCCGGGGAGGAGCAGUGGGCUCUGUGCCCGGCGGACUGGUUAGGAAUAUGCGCCCUGCGGGCGUACGACCCACUCGAGCUCAGUUGGUGGUGCAGACUAGCGGCGCCGGCGAGGGUCAGGCCAUGCUAGUGACCCAAGGCCAAAUGAAGCACAUUACCAUCAGCACGAAUCUCGGCCAGCCGCAACAACAGCAGCAGCAGCAGACCCAACAACAGCAGAUGCAGCAGCAGCCGCGCCACAUCUACCGCACGCACAUGGUCACCGAUGGAAAUCCCCAGCAGCAGCAGGCGCCACAACAGCAACCGCAGCAGCACCAGCAAAUGCUGAUGAUGCGUCAUGCUCCGAUUCGUUACAGAGCUCCGGUGACCUCAGCAGUCGCGGCGCCAGUUCAGGCGCCUGCUCCAACGCCCGCAGGCGGAGGUGUCCAAACUAGUACUAUAGGCAUGGAUUUGGAAGAGCGCAUUCAGGCGGCAGUGCUCAAAAAGGAGCAACAGAAGCCCCAGGCUCCGGCUCAGCCGGUGGCCCCCAAUCAACUACAGCCCAUGCAGAUUGGAGCGGGAACCACACUGACCACUUACUAUCCUGCAGCAGCUGCCUCGCAAGAAGAGGAGCAGCAACAACAGCAACAACAGCAGCAGCAGCAGCAACAGCAAGUGGUCCAGAGUCAGCCCCAAGGAAUACGACCACCCAGUGGAGCAAGCAUGACUUUGGCGGAGUACAAGAAGAGGCAAACUCUGUCGGCCUCACCAGCUCCAGUUCCGCCUCCAAAUCCAGGACUGGCGCCCAUGAGAGCCACGGCACCUGGAACGAUGGUUCGCCCAACUGCCAAAAUAACACCCACGCAACCUGCUGGCGCCUUGCCGCCCGGCACCAGGAUCAUGCAGCCACAGAGGCCAGUGCCAGCCGCAGUAGCUGCACCACUUCCAGCUCCAGCGGCGGUGACACAAGGAUCAUCCGUGAUGAAGACUUCGCACAAUAACUACGAGAUUCACUCGCAGCAUGUGCUGAAUAACCGAGCCGGUCAGGAAAUAGCCGAGCGCGACAAGAAUAGUGCCAAGAUGCUGGUGAUCCUGGCCAGCGGAGAGCAACGUCUGAUCACCUUUACGCUUCCACGUGAGUCCUGCACUGUGCAGGAUCUUCUCGAGCAGGUCGGUGUGCCCUUUGACCACAACACCACCAUCCAGUGUGUCGAGCAUCGCGGUGCCAAUGUGGACUUUGUGGUCACCGUCGGCUUCACGGUCCACGAGUCUGCCAGCGAACUGAUUUCACGGGCGGAGGAGAGUCUGCAAAUGAACCGUUCGCAGGAGAAUCAGUCUGCCGUCGCUGGAGCAGCGUCCAAUCCUAAUCCUGCCACAACGAGUGCCUCGCCUGCUUAUGCCCAAGCGAAUGCCGCUGCCGAGCAGGCGAAACGCGAAGCAGCCAGUUCGGCAAGUGGUAACUCAACGGUUGGUGCAGUUUCCUCCGCUGGCAGCGCUCCCUCGGAGGGCAGGAAACUGAUCGACGGUUUUCUGGCCGUCUGCCAGCUGUGUGGAUUCACUGGCGUCGAUCAUGCCCGCUGCGAGCGGUGCAAACGCGUCUUCCCGGAGCCACCGAAACGCAAAUCCUACAUGCCCAAGAAUAGUGCGGCCUCCUCGCCAGCUUCGUCGUCCUCCAGCGAGCCCGUGUCUGCUGUCCCAACGGCAGCGGAUAAGAAACGCGAGUUGGCGGCAGCUAGAUUCAACAACAAGUUGGCUGGCGUGACCUACGCAGUCGGAGUUGGAGCUCGCGGUCGCGGAUCCCUGGCCAUGAGAGGCGGCAGAGCGCGGGGAGGCAGACGGGUGCCCGAAGUGGAUCCCGUGGUGCUGCUGAGCAGCGAGGAUGAGGCCGACGAGGGUGAGGGCACCUCGGACUCGAGCAAUCAACCUACCAGCAAUUCCAAGCUGAACUCCAAUGGCAAUCUGCAUGAACUUUCCGCCGCCUUUCCUUGCGAGCCAAAUCUGCCAGAGAUCGAUGAGGUGGCCUUGUACAAAGAUUUCUCCCGAGGCGAUGUUAGGGAUUUGUCGGAUAUCCCCGAACCGGAACAGUUUUCCGCAUCCUUGAAGUGCAGCUGCGUGCGUCUGGUGCCCUACAGAUUCGAGAUUACCGAGCCGGUAUGCUUCACAACGAAGGGCGUUCGCAUCGCUGGCAUGCUGAAGGACAAGGACGAGAAGUUCGAGCUGAACAUCCACAAGCAGGAGGUGAUCAAGGUGAUAGCCCACUUCGGCAACGUUGAGCCCGCCCAGCCACUGGUCACGCUAUAUCUUCUCAAGACGUGCGCGGAGUACGUAAAAAACCAACUCAAGCUGCCCGACGAUCAGCAUCACGAACAAACCGGUUUCAAGACGCACAGCUAUCACACUCGCCGCCUGAUCCUGUUGUUCGACAGCAUAUCCGUGACCGCUCGUGGUAAUAUCAAGUCCAUGUUCAGCUGUGUGGACGAGAUAUCCUCGACAGAUGCCGCCGAGAUUCUCGAGAGGAUCGCGGACUCCGAUCGCAAGACGCAAGACAAGAGCUCGCAGCCACCGCCGCGACAACUGAGAGCAGACGAGCAGGUUAGUCUGCUGAUGUAUCCGCCGAAGGGAACGGGAGGCCUGUGCAUCCGCAUGGAGGACUACGUGUGCCUCACCAAGGAAUCCUACCUCAACGACAUCAUCAUUGACUUCUAUCUGCUCUGGCUGAGGAACACACUGAUUCCGGAGUCUCAACGCGACAGGACACAUAUCUUUAGCACAUUCUUUUACAAGAGACUCACAACGCUAACGCGCCCAGCGGACAUGAAGCAGACGGCAGCACAGAAGCGUCAUGCCAGGGUGCAGAAAUGGACCAAGGGAGUGGACAUCUUCGAAAAGGAUUUUAUUAUAGUGCCCAUCAACGAGCAGUCGCAUUGGUUCCUCGCCAUCAUUUGCUACCCCAACUUAAAAGGACCCGUGACGUUCGAUACGAAUCAGCCAGUGGAGCCGCAGCAGCUGAAGCGUCCCAGAGGCAAGAAGGUGUCCCUGCAGAUUGGCAACACCACCAUAACCCCGCUGACGAAAAGGGGAGAGGGAGGACAACUUCCAGCGGCUCUGACAGCGGAGAACGUGUGCCGGAUAGCAGACGAUGAGAGCGAAAGGGAUGAGGCGGAGGGCGAUGAGAGCGACAUGGCCUCGGAUGACAGUGAAAACUCCAACUCGGCCAAGGAACCAACGGCCACGCCCACUUCCACGACUACCACCACCCCCACUGUAACUAGUUCGCAGCCCACAUCCACCGGACCAGCGAGGAAUAUUGCAUCCGAUGAUGUGCCAGCCGUAAAACAACCUCUAAUCCUAAUCUUUGAUUCCCUGGCGGGCGCUUCGCGUAGCCGCGUCGUGGCCACAUUGCGAGACUAUCUCACAUGCGAGUACCGGGUGAAGAAGCCGGAUGCGCAGGCGCACAUCUUCAACAAGGACAACAUGCCGGGCCACUGCGUCAAGGUGCCGCAGCAGAACAACUUCACCGAUUGCGGCCUGUAUCUGCUGCAGUAUGUGGAGCAAUUCUUUGGCGAGCCAAUCAGAGACUACAGACUGCCCAUCAAGCAGCUGACCAACUGGUUCGACUUUCUCACGGUGACGAAAAAGCGCGAGGACAUUGCCAAUCUCAUCCAGCAGCUAAUGGACGACGGCAAUCAGCAGCAACGACUUAUUCUGCCAGUGAUCGAGUUCCCCACGCUGAAUGGCCAGUUGGUCGAGUACCCGGAGGACACGGAGAGUGCCGAGUUUGAGGAGGAGGAGGGCCAUGACGACGAGGAUCCAGCCAGUGAAAUGCAUGAUGAAAACAAUGCCGGCACCGACAUGGAAGUGGACCCUGUAAACGAGGAGCCAGCGCUGGCAGGGAAACCCGCCGCGAUAGCCCCUGCGCCCACGACUACGGCAGCACCCACGGGUAAAAGAUUCGUGCUGAAGCGGCGCCUGCACAAUGGAUCCGUCUCAAGUCCGAGCAAUGGAAACGGGGAGGCUAACAGUAACGGCAGUACACUGAUACCACAACUGGUGAGCACGGCGGGCGCUACGACAGCCGUUUCGCCCGGAGUCGCUCAUCUGACGCCGCGCGGCUCCAGCGGAGGUCUAAAGAUCCGCAAGAUAGAGCCGUAGCACCAACCAAUACUCGCCAUGCGAGCUCGCGAUCCGGAUGCGCAUAUGACCCACCUGCCUGCGCUGCUCCAGCUGCCACAGCUGCGGCACCAUCUGUAAAUACGCCAUCACAUUAAUAAUUCUAUGUAUCUAAACAUUUGCCUCUAAAACUACACUAAACUAAAACUAUAAAUAAAGACUAAAGUACUAUGUAUGAAAUACAAGAAA